AUGGUCUUUGAGGGUGCAAAUCAGUUCAGGAAAGCAGUGGCAGAUUAUGCUGUAGAGUACAGGAGGCAGAUAAAGUUAAGACCUAAUGAAAAACAUAGAGUGAGAGUGAAGUGCAAAAAUGCUAACUGUAAGUGGUUGUUAUAUGCUUCCAUUGACAGGGACUCAGGUGAUUUCAUUGUGAAGAACUAUCAUCCUGUUCACAAGUGUAUUCCAUUAAAUAGGAACAAGUUGUGUAAUUCAAAGGCUAAACAGAGGAUUAUGAAGGAAAACAUGGGUGAUUGGAAAGUGGAAUUUGCCAGAUUAUGUGACUAUGCAGAUAUGAUCAAACAAACCAAUCCUGGAAGCUUUUGUUGGGUAAAAAUUGAUAAGAAAACUGAACCAGGAAAGAACCUUUUUGUGUAUUUUUAUGUGUGCUUUCAUGCAUUUAAGCAAGGAUGGUUGGAGGGGUGUAGGAAUAUAAUUGGAUUUGAUGGUUGUUUUCUUAAGGGAGCUUGUAAAGGUGAGCUAUUAGUUGUUGUUGGAAAGAAUGGGAACAAUCAAAUGUAUCCCAUUGCCUGGGCAGUUGUGGAUACAGAAACAAAACAUAGUUGGAGCUGGUUCAUAAGGUAUUUAAUUGUUGAUCUAAACUUGGGAACUGGUGAAGGUUUAACUGGACUUAUUCCUGUCUUGUCAGAGUUGUUACGAAAUGCUGAGAAAAGGAUGUGUGCUAGACAUAUAUGGAGUAACUGGCAUAUGAACUGGAAAGGAGAAGAAAGAAGGAAACAGUUUUGGAGAUGCUCAAAGGCAUCCUUUGAAGUCAAGUUUGGAGAAGAAGUUCAUGCAAUGUCCAAGCUAGGUAAGAAGGAAAUAACAAAGGACUUGCUACAUUAUGAUCCCAGAAAUUGGUCUAGGGCCUUUUUCCAAACUCACUCCAAGUGUGAAGUUGUAGAAAAUAACAUGUGUGAGACUUUCAAUUCAUGGAUCUUAGCUGCUAGACAUAAAUCAAUUAUUACCAUGUUAGAGAAUAUUAGGCAUAAAAUGAUGAACAGACAUAUAGACAUGAUCAAAUUUGCUGAAACAUGGAUAUCAGACAUUGCACCUAUGGCAAGGGCAAUACUAGAAAGAAACAAGGAGUAUUCAAAUAACUGUAAUGUUCAAUGGAAUAGGUUGAAUGGUUUUUGA